ACGUGUUACGACAACAUGUUGGUUGGCCAACCAGAAGGAAAUAAAAUCACUCGAUUGACCGAGUUAGAAAUAGUUUGUAUUGUUGCUUCCAAUUCAGAGUUUCGAUUGAUAGUGAUCUCUCAUAAGACAGACUUCUUCAAAGAAAUUCUAUGUUUCUUAGUCAUUUUCGGUAAACAGGAUUAUCUUCAGAAAUAUUAUAAGUGUGGAUCGGACAACGAUCAGGAUUAUUACACAAUAGCGCUAAAGCUAUACGGUAUAUCGAUGACAUUAAAUAAGAAAGCAUUUCAACAAAAUGUUGAUCAAGAAAAAUCGACGACAGAAAGGGAGAAUAAGCAGAAAGAAUUAAUCCAGGAAUUAUCGAAUUCCGAGCCGAAAUAUAAAUGGAAUAUCGUUUGGAAAAAUGUGAUUGUAUUUAUCUAUUUUCAUCUUGGAGGUAUAUAUGGAUUUUAUCUCUGGAUUAACGGAAUCAAGACAUAUACAAUUUUGUGGUCAAUUUUCGUAGAAUUUUUUGCCAUCAUGGGCAUUACAGCUGGAGCCCACAGAUUAUGGUCGCAUAGAAGUUACAAAGCGAAAUGGCCCUUACGUUUCGUGUUGAUGCUUCUUCAAACAACUUCUUAUCAGAAUCACAUUUAUGAAUGGGUAAGGGAUCAUAGAGCUCAUCACAAAUUCACUGAUACUGAUGCGGAUCCUCAUAAUUCUCGACGAGGAUUUUUUUUCUCUCAUAUAGGCUGGUUAAUGGUCCGAAAGCAUCCGGAUAUAUUUAAAAAAGGUGCUACUAUUGAUUUAAGUGAUUUGGAAAAAGAUCCCAUUGUCGUUUGGCAAAAAAGAUUCUAUGUCGUGCUGAUGCCCUUUUUGUGCUUUGUGAUCCCUACAUGGAUACCCUACUAUUUCUGGAAUGAAAAAUUUACAUAUUCCUGGUACAGCAAUUUAGCAAGAUACGUUUUUUCUUUGAACGUAACAUGGAUGGUAAACUCUGCUGCUCAUAUAUGGGGCAUGAAACCAUACGACAUGAACAUUUGUCCAGUAGAAAACAAAAUUGUAUCUAUAUUUGCAUACGGUGAGGGAUGGCAUAAUUAUCACCAUGUAUUCCCGUGGGACUAUAAAACUAGUGAAUUUGGUACCUAUAAUAUCAAUUUUACCACUGCGUUCAUCGAUUUCUGCGCUCGAUUGGGAUUGGCAUAUGACUUGAAGACUGUUCCCGAUGAAAUAAUUAGAAAACGAGCAGCUAGAACUGGAGACGGAUCGAGAUAUGAUAAGAAGGAAGCUGUUCAUUACUACAAUCUCGAAGAUAUGAAAUGGGGUUGGGGCGAUAUAGAUAUGAAGCCUGAGGAAAUCCAGGAAGUCAGUGUUUACCAUAAGAAUGAUUAAUCAAUCGCUUUAUUGAUAUCAUUAGAUAGUAUAAAUGAAUGAUCGGUCUUUUCGCAGAUGAGGAUAAUUGUUAAUUGAGAAGAUUGAUAAUUAAUUUUUUACAAUGUUUUAAUGUAUUAUAACAUAUUAUUAUUAUUAUAAAUAUUAUUAGUAGUUUGUCAUUAUAUCUAUAAAAGUUGGUUCUUUGAUUGAUAUAGUCUGAUCA